GGCCAGUGCAGCGCCGCCACCGCCGGCAACUUUGUGAGCGAGUUCAGUACGUGCGUGAGCGAGUGAGCGGAAAGGAGAGCGCGCGGACGACGCGCCCCGGACGCGCGGCUGCACCGGGAAGCCCAGGCCAAGGGGUUUUGAGAGAUUUCUCCAAGUUGGACUCAAAAGCAAGGUUUACUGCAAACGUGGAGGCAGAAUGAGGUACUUUUCAGAUGGUUGCAGCCUACCCAGAAAGUUGCUGUAGCGAACCUGCAAGAAGUCGAUUUCCAGAGGGAGCACAGGAUGAUGGCGACCACAGAGUCCCGGUGAUGCAAGUUCUCUUCAGUCUUCUCUGAAGAAAGCCUUCUGUUUGAGGGAAGCACAGGAACUAUUGUGGAUUACAAUGUUUGGAAGAUCUGGAUUCUCAGUGUUCUGAAAACAAGGCAUCAUUUAACCUUUUAAAUGAAAAGGCUUAAGAUCUUGACGCGACUGCUGUAUUUCCUGGAAGCCAUCCUCUGAAGUGAAGUACACUUGCAAACACAGACAUGGUGGGCCUUUCUUCAGGGAUUUAAGUGACUACUUUCUACAUCAUGACCAGCUUGAAGCGGUCGCAGACGGAAAGGCCUGUCACUACUGACAGAGCCUCUGUUGUCAGCGCAGACGGCACCCCCAAAGUUCACACUGAUGACUUCUACAUGCGUCGCUUCCGGUCCCAAAAUGGCAGCUUAGGAUCCUCAGUCAUGGCUGCAGUAGGGCCCCCUAGAAGUGAAGGUCCUCACCAUAUAACCUCUACCCCCGGGGUCCCCAAGAUGGGGGUUAGGGCAAGAAUUGCAGAUUGGCCUCCAAGAAAGGAAAAUGUCAAAGAAUCCAGCCGUUCAAGCCAGGAAAUAGAAACCUCAAGUUGCCUUGAGAGCCUGUCUUCCAAAGGCAGUCCUGUGAGUCAGGGGAGUUCUGUUAGCCUCAAUUCCAAUGACUCAGCAAUGCUGAAGAGCAUACAGAACACCCUGAAGAACAAGACGGGGCCAGCGGAGAACAUGGACUCCAGAUUCCUCAUGCCCGAAGCCUACCCCAGUUCCCCCAGGAAAGCCCUUCGCAGAAUCCGGCAGCGCAGCAACAGUGAUAUCACCAUAAGUGAGCUUGAUGUGGAUAGCUUUGAUGAAUGUAUCUCCCCUACCUACAAGUCGGGGCCGUCAUUGCACAGGGAAUACGGUAGCACAUCUUCAAUUGACAAGCAGGGAACAUCCGGAGAAAGCUUCUUCGAUUUAUUAAAGGGCUACAAAGAUGACAGAUCUGACCGAGGUCCAACUCCAACCAAACUCAGUGACUUCCUCAUCACCGGUGGGGGCAAGGGUUCUGGUUUCUCCUUGGAUGUGAUCGAUGGGCCCAUCUCACAGAGAGAGAACCUCAGGCUUUUCAAGGAAAGGGAAAAACCACUCAAGCGACGCUCUAAGUCUGAAACUGGAGACUCCUCUAUUUUUCGUAAAUUACGAAAUGCCAAAGGUGAAGAACUUGGGAAGUCGUCAGACCUUGAAGACAAUAGAUCAGAAGACUCUGUGAGGCCCUGGACGUGUCCAAAGUGCUUUGCCCACUAUGAUGUCCAGAGCAUAUUGUUUGACUUGAAUGAAGCCAUUGUGAACAGGCACAAUGUGAUUAAGAGGAGAAACACCACCACGGGAGCUUCCGCGGCUGCUGUGGCUUCCUUAGUCUCCGGACCCUUGUCCCACUCAGCCAGCUUCAGCUCGCCCAUGGGCAGCACAGAGGACCUGAAUUCCAAAGGGAGCCUUGGCAUGGACCACGGAGAUGACAAAAGCAACGAACUGGUCAUGAGCUGUCCGUAUUUUCGGAAUGAGAUUGGUGGAGAAGGCGAGAGGAGGAUCAGCCUGUGCAAGUCAAACCCUGGCUCCUUCAGUGGGUGUGAAAGUGCCUCCUUUGAGUCCGCCCUCAGCUCUCACUGUGCGAAUGCAGGAGUGGCGGUUCUCGAAGUGCCCAAGGAAAGCUUGAUGUUGCGCCUAGACAGGGUGAAAAGGUACACUGUGGAACACGUGGACCUUGGCGCAUACUACUAUAGGAAAUUCUUCUACCAGAAGGAACACUGGAACUAUUUUGGGGCUGAUGAGAAUCUUGGUCCAGUGGCCGUGAGCAUUCGAAGGGAAAAACCAGAAGAAAUGAAGGAAAACGGAUCUCCUUACAGCUACCGCAUCAUUUUCAGAACGAGUGAGCUCAUGACGCUGAGAGGGUCUGUGCUGGAGGAUGCCAUCCCCUCCACAGCCAAGCAUUCAACAGCCAGAGGACUGCCUCUGAAAGAGGUGCUGGAGCAUGUGAUCCCCGAGCUCAAUGUGCAGUGCCUGCGCCUGGCCUUCAACACACCCAAAGUCACGGAGCAGCUCAUGAAACUGGACGAGCAAGGGCUGAACUAUCAGCAGAAAGUGGGCAUCAUGUACUGCAAAGCAGGCCAGAGCACGGAGGAGGAGAUGUACAACAACGAGUCCGCAGGCCCAGCCUUUGAGGAGUUCCUUCAGCUUCUGGGAGAACGAGUUCGGCUGAAAGGAUUCGAGAAGUAUCGUGCACAGCUUGACACCAAAACUGACUCCACUGGGACCCACUCUCUGUACACAACCUACAAAGACUAUGAAAUUAUGUUCCAUGUCUCCACCAUGCUGCCGUAUACACCUAACAAUAAGCAACAGCUCCUGAGGAAGCGGCACAUUGGAAAUGACAUUGUGACAAUAGUUUUCCAAGAGCCUGGAGCACAACCGUUUAGCCCGAAAAACAUCCGAUCUCACUUUCAGCAUGUUUUUGUCAUUGUCCGGGCUCACAACCCCUGCACCGAGAGUGUUUGUUACAGUGUGGCCGUCACCAGGUCCAGAGAUGUGCCUUCGUUUGGACCUCCCAUCCCUAAAGGGGUCACUUUCCCCAAGUCAAACGUGUUCAGGGACUUCCUUUUGGCCAAAGUGAUUAAUGCAGAAAAUGCUGCUCAUAAGUCAGAAAAGUUCCGGGCCAUGGCAACAAGGACCCGCCAGGAAUACCUGAAAGAUCUGGCAGAAAAGAAUGUCACCAACACACCUAUUGACCCUUCUGGCAAAUUUCCAUUCAUUUCUCUGGCCUCCAAGAAAAAGGAAAAGUCUAAGCCUUAUCCGGGAGCGGAGCUCAGUAGCAUGGGGGCCAUUGUAUGGGCAGUCCGGGCCAAAGACUACAACAAGGCCAUGGAAUUCGACUGCCUCCUCGGGAUCUCCAAUGAGUUCAUCGUCCUCAUCGAUCAAGAAGCACGGAGUGUGGCUUUCAAUUGUUCCUGCAGAGAUGUGAUAGGGUGGACAUCCAGCGACACCAGCCUCAAAAUCUUCUAUGAGCGAGGAGAGUGUGUUUCGGUGGAGAGCUUCAUUAGUAGUGAAGAUAUUAAAGAAAUUGUCAAAAGGCUGCAGUUUGUUUCAAAAGGCUGUGAAUCGGUGGAAAUGACUCUGCGAAGAAACGGGCUAGGACAGCUUGGCUUCCAUGUCAACUAUGAGGGCAUCGUGGCAGAUGUAGAGCCCUACGGCUAUGCCUGGCAAGCAGGUCUGAGGCAGGGCAGCCGCCUGGUGGAGAUCUGCAAGGUGGCGGUGGCCACCCUGAGCCAUGAGCAGAUGAUUGAUCUCUUGAGAACAUCCGUCACAGUGAAAGUCGUCAUCAUCCCUCCGCAUGACGACUGCACCCCACGGAGGAGUUGCUCAGAAACCUACCGCAUGCCAGUGAUGGAGUACAAGAUGAAUGAAGGUGUUUCCUAUGAAUUCAAGUUUCCCUUCAGGAAUAACAACAAAUGGCAGCGGAAUGCCAGCAAGGGUGCUCACUCACCCCAGGUCCCAUCCCAGCUGCAGAGUCCCAUGACAUCACGGCUGAAUGCCGGGAAGGGAGACGGGAAAAUGCCCCCUCCAGAAAGAGCUGGCAACAUCCCUCGCAGCAUCUCCAGUGAUGGGCGCCCACUGGAAAGGAGGCUGUCUCCUGGUUCGGACAUCUAUGUGACAGUCUCAUCCAUGGCUUUGGCAAGAUCCCAGUGCCGUAACUCCCCCAGCAACCUGUCUUCAUCCAGUGACACUGGCUCUGGGGGUGGUACCUACAGACAAAAAUCCAUGCCCGAAGGGUUUGGGGUGAGCCGAAGAUCCCCAGCCUCCAUCGACAGGCAGAACACUCAGUCAGAUAUUGGUGGCAGUGGGAAAUCCACACCCAGCUGGCAAAGAAGUGAGGACAGCAUUGCCGACCAGAUGGAGCCUACAUGCCAUCUCCCAGCAGUGUCAAAGGUCCUGCCUGCUUUCCGAGACAGCCCCAGUGGGAGAUUAAUCCGGCAAGAUCCAGUGGUUCACUUGUCUCCAAACAAACAAGGCCAUUCUGACAGCCACUACUCCAGCCACUCCAGCAGCAAUACCCUCUCCAGCAACGCUUCAAGUGCCCACAGUGACGAGAAGUGGUAUGACGGGGACCGCACAGAGUCUGAACUCAACAACUAUAGCUACCUACAGGGCACCUCUGCUGACAGUGGUAUCGAUGCCACCUCCUAUGGCCUGAGCCACGGCAGCACGGCCUCCCUGGGGGCUGCCACAUCGUCACCUCGUUCGGGGCCAGGCAAAGAGAAAGUGGCGCCCCUGUGGCACAGCUCCAGCGAGGGGCUCUCCCUGGCAGAUCGGACCUUAGAGACUGAGGGUCAUGGCCUGGACAGGAAAACAGAGUCCUCCCUCAGCCUGGACCUCCACAGCAAGAGCCAGGGCGGCUCCAGUCCACUGACCAGGGAGAACAGCACCUUCAGCAUAAAUGACGGCGCGUCACACACCAGUACCAUGAGCUCCCGACACUCUGCCAGCCCAGUGGUGUUCUCCAGUGCCCGAAGCUCACCCAAAGAGGAGCUUCACCCCACCACAACCUCCCAGCUCGCUCCUUCCUUCUCCUCCUCUUCCUCGUCCUCCUCUGGGCCUAGGACUUUCUACCCCCGCCAGGGUGCCACUAGCAAGUACCUGAUCGGAUGGAAAAAGCCAGAAGGAACCAUUAACUCCGUGGGAUUUAUGGAUACAAGAAAGCGGCACCAGAGUGAUGGUAAUGAGAUGGCACACACUAGGCUCCGAGCCUCAACCAGGGACCUGCGGGCUUCCCCCAAGCCCACCUCCAAGUCCACCAUUGAGGAGGAUCUAAAGAAACUCAUUGACCUUGAGAGCCCAACUCCGGAAUCACAGAAGAAUUUCAAGUUCCAUGCACUAUCCUCCCCACAGUCUCCACUCCCCCCCACCCCCACCUCCCGGCGGGCCUUGCACAGGACACUGUCUGACGAGAGCAUUUACAGCGGCCAGAGGGAGCACUUCUUCCCCUCCAGAGCCUCACUUCUAGACCAAGCCCUGCCCAACGAUGUCCUCUUCAGCAGCACCUACCCAUCUCUCCCCAAGUCGCUUCCACUGAGGAGGCCGUCUUACACGUUGGGAAUGAAGUCGCUGCAUGGAGAAUUCUCUGCCUCGGACAGCUCCCUCACUGACAUCCAGGAGACCCGAAGGCAGCCCAUCCCUGACCCCGGCCUAAUGCCCCUGCCUGACACUGCCGCGGACUUGGACUGGUCCAACCUAGUAGAUGCUGCCAAAGCCUAUGAGGUCCAGAGAGCCUCGUUUUUUGCUGCUAGUGAUGAAAACCAUCGCCCCUUGAGUGCGGCCUCCAACAGCGAGCAGCUGGAGGAGCAGGCCCUGGUCCAGAUGAAGUCCUACAGCAGCAGUAAGGAGUCCUCUCCCACUCUGGCUUCUAAAGUGGACCAGUUGGAAGGGAUGCUGAAGAUGCUUCGAGAAGAUUUGAAGAAGGAAAAAGAAGACAAGGCCCAUCUCCAGGCAGAGGUGCAGCACUUGCGUGAGGACAACCUGCGGCUGCAGGAGGAAUCCCAGAAUGCCUCGGACAAGCUAAAGAAGUUCACAGAGUGGGUCUUCAAUACCAUAGACAUGAGCUAAGGGCAGCUGAGGGAGAGGAGAGGUAGGCUGCUCUCUGUGGGUGGAGCAUCCAUCCAUGCCUUGGAAAGUAUUCUCGGCAUCCCUAGCUCCCACUCUGCUCCUGCCGGACAGUGCACAACACAACUGAAGACCAACAGUCAUCAUCUGCCUUUUGUAGAAAAGAAAAACAACAACAAAAAAAUGAAAUAAAAAUUUUAAAAAAGUAAAAUAAAAGUUUAACUGCUAAAAUGUGAAUGUCUUUAUUUUUUGCACAAUAUCUUUAUCUGUUAUGUAUUUACAAAGAAACUGGGCCCAGGACCCGAGUGCCCCCUGCCCCUCAGCCUCUGCUUCCACGGGCUUUCUCAUCGAUUUCAGGUAACCCAAGCUCUCCCUGUUAUUCUUGCAAACGCCUUCGUUCCCAGGGAAAUAAAGGUUUUUCUUUUGAGUUGUCUGUUUGGGGGUGGGGAGGGGGUUUCCUUGCCUCCCUUCCUAAAAUGCCUGAAGAGGGGAAUGUUAAGGAAAGACUCGCCUCCCUGUGUGGUCUGUGUGAGGCUUCUACCCUCUGCGCCUAUCUACUAGAGGUCUGCAGGGUCAGCACCAUCUGACCCUAAAUCUUGUCCCUUCUUUCCCCAGAAAAUGGUUCCUAGUAUGUUCCUCAGAGCUAGGACUCUUUGUCUGGUGUAAGUGAACCCCACUCAAUUAGGAUCAACCUGUUACACUUUCUGGGCCCCUAAUGUUAAUUGGCUCCUGAAUUUUCCCAAAUGAAAACUUUACCUGUAUGCAUUUUAAAUCUAUUUUGGUCAAAAGUCUAUAUAUAUAUAUAUGUAUAGUUUCUGUUUUGGAUUUUUAAAGAUGUAGCACAACUUUUUUUAAGCUUGUUCAAAUGGACUAAAUUAAUUGAUAAAUUCUUCUGUCUAAGCAAGACUUCACCAUUGUUUCUAACUAGGAAAGCUAAUAGUGAAUGUUAAACCGCAAGUCUAAUCCUCGUUCAUUUGGGGCAAUGCCUGUAACGGAAUGGGCUCUUGGAACUGCAUGCCGCAGUGUGGAGUUUACCCACAGCGUUUCCUGCAUCCUUUCCUGGCCACCCAAAGGACUCUGCUGCAGAAACCACUCCUGCGCUGUUCCUCCCAUCUACUGAUGCAGGCAGCUCUGGGCCCCUCCGUGUCUCACUGCUGAGGAGCUCAGAGAUGCAGGGAUGGCUAGUGUCCACUGGCUAUGCGCUAGAAGUUCCCUGCUGUUAAGUGGACCCAUCUUGCCCUGGAUCCCAUCCCUGAGAAAAAAGAGGAUGGCUCCUGCCUCCCACACACAUGCCAGACCUGUUUGCCAUAGAUUCACAAAUAUUUGUGAUUUCUCCGUGGGUUUUCUUUUUCCUGUUAGCAUUUCUACUGUGGAAAUAGGAUUUGGGAGUGCUUUGUAAGGGUUACAGUCAACUCUUUAACUUAUGUGAAGGAGAUUGUACAUUGCCUGAUGUCUAUCUGUAAAUGAGAAAUAACUGCUAACACAUGAGCAUCCUGAAGUCUUGCUUAUCUUUUAAUUUGCUUUUCCCUUUUCUUUGGGGACUUGGGGCAAGCUAUUUAUUAGAGUUUUGCAGCAGAGUUCUUGUUUGAAGCCUCUAAAGACUACUUGUAAAAUUCAAACAAUAAAAUUCAUUUUAAAUGCUCUUUUAAAA